GACAACCCCGGGGGAAGGAGGAGGGGAGACGUGUACGCGGGGCUGGCCUCCUCCAACGCCGGCUGAAAUUAAAACGCUGCACGCUAAGGUACCAGCUGUCGACGUUAUAUUGCCCCCACCUCCUCCAAUUGCUUGUUCGCCGGGAACAUUUCACUGUGACUCGGUAAAGGAAAGGAGAACAUGUCUACCGUAAACUGGAAGCCCUUUGUUUUCGGCGGACUAGCUUCUGUGACAGCGGAAUGCGGGACCUUUCCAAUCGACCUGGCCAAGACCCGUCUUCAAGUCCAAGGCCAAGUGGGCGACAUCAAAUACCGAGAGAUUCGCUACAGAGGCAUGCUUCAUGCUAUGAUGAGGAUAGGAAGAGAGGAGGGGCUCCGGGCACUGUAUUCUGGAAUUGCUCCUGCCAUGCUGCGACAGGCCUCCUAUGGGACCAUAAAAAUUGGCACAUACCAAAGCUUUAAGCGACUAUUGGUUGACAGACCAGAGGAUGAGACUUUGCUGACUAAUGUGGCGUGCGGAGUUCUCUCUGGAGUCAUCUCCUCCUCCAUUGCCAAUCCCACUGAUGUGCUGAAGAUCCGCAUGCAGGCUCAAGGAAGAGUGAUCCAGGGCAGUAUGAUGGGCAACUUCAUAAACAUCUAUCAGGAGGAGGGAACGCGAGGACUAUGGAAGGGCGUCUCCCUGACGGCGCAGCGGGCAGCCAUCGUGGUCGGGGUCGAGCUUCCAGUCUAUGACAUCACCAAGAAGCACCUGAUCAUGUCGGGUUACAUGGGGGACACCGUGUACACACACUUCUUGUCCAGCUUUGUGUGCGGUCUGGCUGGGGCUUUGGCCUCAAAUCCUGUGGAUGUGGUCCGGACGCGCAUGAUGAACCAGAGAGGAGGAGCGCUGUACCAGGGAACAGUAGACUGUCUGCUGCAGACGUGGCGCUCCGAGGGCUUUAUGGCACUCUACAAAGGUUUCUUUCCUAACUGGCUCCGCCUGGGACCAUGGAACAUCAUUUUCUUCCUCACCUAUGAACAGCUGAAGAAGAUCGAUGAGUGAUGUGGGGGAAAAUGGCAACUAGAAGAGAUGACUGUGAGGGAAGCUCCAAGAAGAGCUGUGAAGACCAAAUUCAGGAAUGGCCGGACGAUGAUGGAUACUUGAUGGAAGCAACGAGGACAGUGGGUAGACAAAUGGCAGAAUGAGAAUUUGUCUGAUUCCUGUUUUGGCUCAAUGCCUCCUGAAGCCUGCAGCAAGUGUGGAGACUGUGACACAUACAAACACGCAAACACUCAUCUGAUGUUAUAACUCGAAUGCUUCUUAAAGCUUAACCGCUCAUUUAAAUUUGAUAUCCCUGAGAUUUAUGUAAUCUGAUUGGCUGACAAGGAGCUCGGUGAGAAUUUUAAGAUGCAGCAGCAGUCAGUCCCAGACACUUGCUUACAUCAGUCAGAGGCUGGAUCUGAUGUCACGAGGAACACACAGGCAGGCUUCCAGACGUCUGCAGUCCAAGUGCUCUCCCGACUGAGUGCCUUAGUUUGUGGUGCAGCCUGCCCAUGCUGCAUAUUGACUGAGAAUGUAAGACAGCAGCUGACAAUCGGCACGACCAUUCCCUUUUUAAAAGACAGAUGUUUUGUACGCAACCAACUCGGGACUGGAUGUGGUGUCUUUUUUUUCUUCUUUUUUUCUAAAUUGAAAGACUAGUGUGUGUGGAAAGGUGAAAUUAUUCAUUAUUCUAAGAAUCUCCCAUAAGUAUUAACAGAGUAAAGAGCCAAGAAAAGAUCCUGAUGUACUGUAAUAAAUAACAGUCACAUAAUCA